ACUUUGAGUGAGACACUCCUCGCUUCAGAGUCGUCCAGCUCAACCUCACAGCAACCAUGACCUUCAACGGCAACUGGAAAGUCGAUCGCAGUGAAAACUAUGAGAAAUUCAUGGAACAAAUGGGAAUUAACAUGGUGAAGAGGAAGCUGGCUGCUCACGACAACCUCAAGAUAACCAUCGAGCAGAGUGGAGACAAGUUUCAUGUGAAGGAGAGCAGUAAUUUCCGCACCCUGGAAAUAGACUUCACCCUGGGGGUCAAGUUUGACUACAGCCUCGCUGAUGGAACAGAACUCUCGGGUUCCUGGACUAUGGAGGGAGACAUGCUGAAGGGGAUUUUCAAUAGAAAGGACAACGGAAAGCAACUGACAACAACCAGAGUCGUGCAAGGAGAUGAACUCAUACAAAGCUACAACUAUGAAGGUGUGGACGCCAAGAGGAUUUUCAAGAGGGCUUAAACCAAACUGAUCAACAGACCUGAAGUGAGAGAAAUUUGACCUCAGGUUUCCAUACAGUAUUGUGUUGAACUAUCAGCUACUUGCACCAGUGUAACCUGCAAAAAGAGCACUACCUGUAAUGCAUUGGAUUUUGAUAUUUGCAAUAAACUCACAACUGCCUAUUUUC